AUGGUAUCCCGUGGUGUAAAUGUCCCACCGCUGUUGUAUCCACUCGUCUGUGAUGGGCACGUGGGCCGUGUGCAGAUCUCGGCUGCUGUGAGUCCCAUGGCGGCGGCAGAAAUGCUCACGGACCCUGCGCAGGGCCGUGUGGUCUUCGAGGACGUGGCCGUCCAUUUCUCCCGGGAGGAGUGGGGGCUCCUGGAUGAGGCUCAGCGACGCCUGUACCACGACGUGAUGCUGGAGAACGUGGCCCUUCUGUGCUCCGUGGGUAGUUGGCGUGGAGCCCGGGAUGAGGAGGCACCUUUGGAGCAAGGUGAUUCUGGGGGAGAAUCACAGGUCAGGACUCCAAAGCCAGACCCGUCCACCCAGAAGGCCCGGCCCUGUGAGACGAAAGGCAUUUUGCAACUGGCUGAGCGUGAUGGGAUGUUCCCCGAUGAGGGCCUACGCGUCUGUGGGACAGAUCUCUUCCAGCAGCAUCUGGAGCAGCCGGGAGACCACGCAUCCAGAAGGGGCAGCGUUCGCCUGGCAGAGAAGACCGUCCUGUGCGGCGAAGGUGGGGCGGGCUUCCCAGCCGGCACAGGGCUCCUCCAGCGCUGGGCUCCUCACAACAGGUGGAAGCCACAGCCGGGCACCAAGCGCAGAGAGACCCUUGAAACGGGACGGGACGAUCACAGGUGCUCUCAGUGUGGGAAAGGCUUCAGCCGGAAGCAGAUCCUCGUGCAGCACCAGAAAAUCCACACCGGAGUCAGGCCGCACGCCUGCGGCAAGUGUGGCAUGGCCUUCCUCAGGAGGUUCCACCUCGUGCAGCACCAGCGGGUCCACACGGGGGAAAGGCCCUUUAAGUGCAGCGAAUGCGGCAAAUCCUUCAGGUACAAGUCCACACUCCUCGGUCACCAGAGAGCCCACACCGAGUCGAGCCCCUCUGAGUGUAGCAAAUGCGGGAAACUCUUUAAGUACAAAGCCAACCUCGUGAAGCAUCAGAGAAUUCACAACGGAGAAUGGCCUUACGAGUGCCGAUUAUGUGGGAAAUUCUUCAAGUACAACUACAGGCUCGUCAGACACGGGCGCGUUCACACCGUGGAAAGGCCCUAUGAGUGCGGGGAGUGCGGGAAGUUCUUCCGGUACAGCUCGACGUUCGUGAGGCACCAGCGAGUUCACACUGCAGAAAGGCCCUACGGUUGCCGGGAAUGUGGCAAGUUCUUCCAGUACAACUCCACGCUCGUCAAACAUCAGCGUGUCCACACCGGAGAGAGGCCUUACGAGUGCGGCGAGUGCGGGAAGUUCUUCCGCUACACUUCCACCCUCCUCAGACAUCGGAGAGUUCACACGGUCGAAAGGCCUUACGAGUGCAGCUUAUGUGGGGAAUUCUUUAGGUACAAGGCCAAGCUCGUUAAACAUUGGCAGAAUCACACCGGGGCAAGGCCGUACGCGUGCAGUGAAUGUGGGAAAGCCUUUACGUACCACUGCAGGCUCAUCAGACACCAGAGAGUUCACACUGGAGAAAGGCCAUACAAGUGCAGUGAAUGUGGGAAGUUCUUCCGGUACAACUCCAGCCUCAUGAAACAUUGGAGAAAUCACACCGGAGAGAGGCCCUAUGAGUGCAGCGAGUGUGGAAAAGCCUUCAGCCACAGACAUAUACUUGUUGAGCAUCAAAAAAUCCACACCGGAGAGAGGCCCUACGCAUGCACCAAAUGUCAGAAGGCCUUCAUUAGGAAGUCCCACCUUGUCCAUCACCAGAAAAUCCACAGUAAAGACAGGCCUGUGAGAGGCGUGAAGGUGAGAAAUUCUUCGGCUACAGCUCCAACCUCAUUAAACAGAAUUCACACUGGCAAAGAGCUCAGGAGUGCAGAGAAUACGGUAAACCUUUUGGAUACCACGCUAAACUCAUUCCCCUGGAGAAGGGCCUUAUGAGUUCACGCUGGGCUAGGGCCUUCUGAACACAGCGAAUGCAAGAACGACUUUAAGUGUAACUCCCUCCCCGUGACACGUCAGAGACUUCACAAUGGAGAAAGGCUGUGAGUGAAGGCUGUGAGUGAAUAUGGGCAUGUGCUCAUCCAAAACUCCAACCACAUUCUGGCACCCAAGGUUCCUGCCAGAGAAAAUAUUGCAAAUGGUGAAGGACUUCAGCCAAAUGUCUGCUCUAAUUUAUCCCUUGGAACUACUGUAAUGUAGUUUUUAGUUUUAAUUUUACAUUUUUAAUGGUGGUAACAUACAUGUAACAAAGUUUACCCUCUAGCAUUUUAAUGGCACAGUUUAGUCAUGUUAAAAAUUCACACACACACACACACACACACACAAAUGUUACCUAAUAAUAGACAAACGUAAAUUGACUGUACCUCCACUACGCCCACAGCCAAUCAGGAGUGAGUAUGCAAA